AUGGAGCUUCCGAUCCAAAUGGCCGUCCUGAAACGGAUCCUCAGUCUGGUCCUCGUCAUCCUCCUGGGGAGAUUCUUCUAUAGGCUGAUCCGAGUACGCAUGCAGGUGCGCCGUUUCAUGAAUAAUAGCGGGCUGAAAUCUCCGCCGCAUUCCUUCUUACUAGGGCACCUUCCAGCAUUCGCCAAGCUCAUGACUAAAUAUCCUCGAGAUACAGCGGGGCAAAUCAUUCCAAUACUACUGGUCAAUGAGUACCCGGAGCUUGAAGCCCAAGGACUAGUUUGUAUGGACGCUUGGCCUAUCACCAGCCCCAUGCUAGCAGUAUUCCAACCAGAUAUGGUUGCGCAGUUCUGCCAGGCUCCCUCAAUGCCUAAGAGUGAUCUUCUGCAUUCGAUAUUCAAGGAUUUCACCCACUGUCAAGACAUUUUGUGUUCAGAAGGGGAUCAUUGGAAGCGGUGGCGCUCUAUUUUCAACCCGGGCUUUUCUAGCAAGAAUAUUCUUUCCUUUAUCCCAGCUUUGAUCGAGGAGAUUCAAGUGUUCAAAGAUAAUCUCCUGAAGAAUGCAGGGUCGGCUAUUGUUUUCCCGCUGAUAACCCCGGCGACCAAGGCUACGUUUGAUAUUAUCGGGCGGGUGGUGUUAGGAACAAAGUUAGGUGCACAAACAUCAGAUAGUCGCUUGUAUAAAGCCUUGAAGGACCAGCUUGGGUGGAUAUCAAUCGCAGACGGUCCCAAUCCAUUCCACCGACAGAACCACCCUUUGCGCCGCCUCGCCCUCUGGAGAAAUAAUUGGAUCCUACGUAAUGAGAUCAUUCCAAUCUUGAAAAGACAGAUGGUUGAGACAGCCCACGCUGGAAGUCCCCAGACAAUGAGCCGACUCGCCAUUGAGGCCCAUUUGAAAGAAACAGGGCGUACCGUGGACUCUGCAUCUAUAGACCAGGCCGUUGACGAAGAAUUCCUUUCUGUUACCCUUGCACAUAUCGAAAUCUUCCUCAUUGCAGGCCACGACACUACAGCGAGUACACUGUGUUAUGCAUACUACUGCCUCCACGGCAAUCCAGACGUAGCCAACCGUGUACGCAAGGAACACGAUCAAUUGCUCGGCGCUGACCCAACUGAAGCCGCUGCCAUGAUCUCCAGGGACCCAUCCGUACUUCACAGACUGCCAUACACAGCUGCGGUCAUCAAGGAGGUCCUCCGACUCUACCCGCCCCUUGCGUCCACCCGCUCUGGAUCUCGCAAUCUGCACUUAGUGCAUCCCGAGACUGGUCAGCGGUUCGCGACUGAAGGAUUCAUUCUCCUGUCCACAUCCAAUGCGUCGCAGAGACUUCCACAAUAUUGGGAUCGACCAAACGACUUCCUCCCUGACCGGUGGCUAGUCGAGGACGAUAGCAGCGUCAACAAUAGGAAGCUGGCGUGGAGGCCAUUCGAGCAGGGACCGAGAAAUUGUAUCGGACAGGAGUUAGCCCUGCUCGAGCUUAGGCUUAUGCUGGUGUUGACGCUGAGGGAGUUGGACAUUGAACCUGCCUAUGCGGCGGAUGCGACCCGGCUUUUCGGCGAGCCGGCGUACCAGGCAGUGACCACAAAUGAGUUGACAAAUCAUCCAAAGGAUGGUAUGCCUGUUCGUGUGAAAAGGAGGGGUCCCACUGCAGAUAUAGCGGCGUAG